ACCAACUUUUGGAGUGUAAGAAAGGAAACUUCCUCACGGGAAAGACAGUGAUAGAGAUUAAUGGCGAAAUAUCUGCCUCCGGGAUUUAUAGUGCUUCGAGACUCUUAUCUUCUUGCUGUCCCAGAAACAACCAUCUUUCCAACGUCUCUCUCAGGCAAAAGAGAUAGAGGCGUUUUCUGAUAGCUGUCAGCAUAAUGUUUGAAGUUUCUUCUGGUGACCCUUCUAUUAACCGGAGGGAUCUGCAAUACCAUAUUGCUACUGCUGAACCAGUAAUCUGCUGGUUAGAUUAGAACCAUGUCUGCUUAUGGGCAUCAAAUGGAGCGGGAGUACUCUGCUCAGAGUCUUUCCAGUAGAGGAGGUUCUGAUAGAGAAAGCCAUUAUGUGGUAGAGACGGGGUUCUACAUGACAUCAUUUGCUGCCACAAUUUUCAUUGCUGCUCUUGUAACUAUUGGGGUUUUAUUUAUUACUUUGCUGAUUGCACUUACUGUAAUGCUGCAAUCUUGUCAAAGUAGGAGUGCAGGACUUAUUGAGAGUCAGAAAUCAGAUUAUGACUACAAUAAAUGCAAGAUCUUUGUUAUGCAUGCGGAGCUCAACAACUUGGAAUCUGGUCACAUCCCUAUAGUUUGCAGGGUCCCCACUGUCCUGUAUAUCAAACAAGGCCAAUAUGCAAGAGAUUUAAACUCUACCAUGUCGGUGGUAGAGAACUUUUUCAGCAAUGUUAGCCCUCUAAAUGAUGGUCUUGAUGUGGUGUUGAUGGAUGUAGAUGAUAUUCUUUCUUCAAACCCUCACAAUGAUAAUAUAUUGCUAAAAAGAUAUGAUCAGUAUGGUUGUAGUAAUUGUAUUGAAGAGGUAAAGCAUCUCAAAGAAAUGCUUAUUCAUAACAUCUACAAAAAACUUCACGAUAGAAGCUGGACUUUAGUUUUGUUUUCAAGAAGGGCUGAGAGACAAAAGAAUGCCACCAUAGAGCACCUUGUUUCUUCAGGAUACAGAGAUUGGUCUUCAUUGAUAAUGAGAUCAGAAGACGAAAUGCAUAUGGAUAGCUGUGAAUACCUUUCUAGACGAAAGGCGGCAUUGCUUAAAGAAGGUUUUCGGUUAAGGGGCACGAUAAGCAGUCGCUUGGAUGCUUUAACAGGCUCCUAUUCAAGAGAGCACAUUUUUAAGGUUCCAAAUCCAUUAUAUUACAAUUUUGAGGAUCAAAAGGAGAAUGCAGAUAAAACAUCAUAGAUCAUACUCCAAGGUGGCAAAAUCGGUUUGUUCUUUUAUUAUUAUUAUUAUUAUAUUUUCCUGUCUUAAUUUUAAUUUUUUAAUUUUUAAUUUUAAUUAAUUAUCGUCAUCACCCAACUAUCAUGUAAAUCCAAAUCAGCCAUACAAGAAGCUUUGGUUAGAAGAAACUUGUAUAUAGUUUUUAUCGAUGUUAUAUUUUAUGUUUCUUACCCAUUGUAUUAUUUUUAUUUUUUUCUAUAUCAUUUUUUUCUUCCACUA